UAAGCUCGGCUUCCGCACCGCGGCCAACUUCACAGAUCCGCAUCCGAAUUCCGGACACGUUUUUUUCUUUCAAAGUUUCCAAAGCGAUCGCAUGCGUUUAAUUAGAGUGCGGCAAGCUAAGUCCGAAAGAAAUAUACGAACUAGUGUUCUGAAAACCGAGUAUGAAAUUUAUUUAUAUUGGCAGUUGCCUAGCGAGCCGCAUUGGCCACCCGCAGCUGCAGCAAGUGCUGGUUAGCAUGGGCAUCGACGCGCCCAACAAACGCUGGAAGAUCGACGGAUCCCCACAGUGUCCACUGGAGCACCUCUUGGCAGCCGUGCUUGGAGUCACGCGGUCGCCCACCGCGUCCACAGGAGCACCGCCUGGCAGCCGUGUUUGGAGUCACGCGGUCGCCCACUGCGUCACAGGAGCACCCUCCGGCAGCCGAGCUUGUAGUCACGCGGUCGACCACCGCGUCCACAGGAGCACCUUCUGUAGUCAACCAAGCACCAGAAGUUUCCCACCGCGAAGGCCUAGUGUUCUCACAGCGUUUAUCUAAUCUUAACGGACAGAAAAUCGCAUUUUCUAACCGCAUCAGCGGAUCACCCUCUGUAGUUAACUGAGCAGCAGCAAUUAAAUAGGCAACAAACAAGAGCAGCAGUAGCUCGAUAGUUUGUACAGAGUGAAUAUGUAGUCCCCCAGGAUUCCAGUUCAGUCGGCCAGUGUUUAAAUUGACCAAAAACGCGACUACAGGGCUCGAUCUCGUGCGCAUGGAAAAUUAUCCAAAGGUGUUAGGGAGAGCCAGAAAAAGAAUCCGCAGCUCAGGCUCGCCUAUUGCCGGAACAUUAGUAAAUAGUGAACAGCCGUGCUACAACGAUUAAUUCGCACAAUGUUAAUAUUUCUUUAACAUUUAACCCACCCGGAUGAUUGCUAGAUCGGCCAGAGUCACUAAAUAUGCACAGAAUGACACAUUGAAGGAAAAGUUUUGAAAUGACGUGAAAUUAAAUAUUAAAUAAAAUAAAAUUUAUUUAGGAACAGAAAAUAUAUGCUUAAGUAGAACCGAAUGUAAGAA